AUGGAAUCCAACAGAGUCACUGGCUCUCAAGAUGAUUGUCUACAGGACUGUAAGACACCGGGCUCUCAUGGUGAAGGAACAGAGUCAUUUGGGGUCAAAAUACGGGUUCAGGGGAUCGAUGGUCGUCCCUACGUGGUCCUUAACAACCAGGGAAAGAUGUCCCUACCUCCUGGGUAUCCUGACGUUUUCUACACAGACCUCCAGCAUUCUCCAAAUUCCCACAGUGGUGCCUUAAGCCAAAAUAGUCUGUUCAUGGAGCACUGGUCACCAAGGUCGAUGCAGCUGUCUAGUUCACCAACCGAACGUCGAAGGACAAUGAAAAAUCCCUCAUCUCCUUUGCUCAACUAUCAGAGACGGCCUGAGCUCCUCAGACCCUACGACCCUGUAACCAACAAUCUGGAUGUGGAAAAUUACCGCAGCCAUGACCCAAGAAGACUUAGCCCACACUCUUCACCCAUGUCCAUCUCACCUGUGACUGUGAAGAGAGCCAGGAUUCCACUACCUGCUGUAGGUAAUGACAGGGCCCCAAACCAGCCUCAGUCUCCUGGAUACGCAUCAGAAACCUUGCCCAGUCAGCCAUCCCACAUCGUCUGCAGAAUGACUGUGCCGUAUGUUAAUGAACUCUCCACAAACGGACCUGAGUCCCUCAGAGGAGGAGCUUCCCCCCGGAUUGGUAGAGUUGGCCACAGGCUGAGAAUGGGUCCUGAGCAGCGAAGAAGAUCGAGGAGUGUUGACGGCCCCAGUUCAGCUGACCAUAUUCGGCCAGGGCUCUCAUUGGGUGAUCUUAGGGGAGAGGCAGAGGGGGUGGUGAGUGCCCCAUCAUCACCUCAUAUCCGGGCAGUUGCUGCAAGACAGAACAGAACAGAUACAAUAGACGGGGUUGAGACAAGAUCUGGUACAUCUAUACCUCAAGCGGAUGCAGGUUCAAAUUCGCAGAGAGUAGGGCAAGCUCCACAAAAAACAGAAAAAAAUACUCUGUCCAAAUCUAUUCAGCACACUGGAGUUCAGUCAAGUUCAGAGAGAGACACCCAGGUUACUCCAGAUCUCCUGAAAGGACAACGACAGCUUGCAGAGCAACCAGAUGAAGACACAACAAAACUGGUGCUGUUCAGUUAUCUCAAAGAUGGGAACACAGAGAGUGAUGACAUCACAAAGCGUAAAGUUGACCUGAUGUUUGAGAAGAUCCACAUGUUGAGAUCACUAGCUGCUGAGAAUGUGGAGGAGUUCUCAGACUCUGCAAAUGAGGUCAAGGAACUCCAGGAGAAAAGGGCAGCACUGGAGGCCCAAGUCACAGAGCUGAAACAAAAACUGGAGGAGGAAAUGAAGAGAGGGCAGACUAUGGCCGAGGAAUGUGAGAAGAAAGAGGCCGGGAUGAAAAGGUUACAGGAGGAGCUGAGCACGAGUGAGCAGGAGCAUGUUCGACUCCGCCAGAAACUGACAGAUAUGGAGAAGGAACUUCAGACGUCCCUGGAUCAGCUCCUGCAGGCAAAGCGACAGAGGGAGCAGUAUCGGGCUGAUAUGAGGGAUCUCCAGAGCCAGCUUUCAGACAUGCAUGAUGAGCUGGACAAUGCCAAAAUCACUGAUGCCGGAGAGAGGGACACCAUUUUAAAAGAUCUGGUUCAACUCAGACAGGACUUCCAGGAGCUGCAGCAGAUUCAGGAAGAGCAGGAGGAGAUGUUGUACAAGCGGGAGCGGGAGCUAACAGCAUUGCGUGGAGCAUUAGAGGAGGAGGUGACAGCUCAUGCCAAGGCUGUGGAGGAUCUGAGGGAACAGCACCAGCGGGAAGUGGAGGAGCUACGCAGGGUCACAGAGGAGGCCAAAGAGGGCAUAGCGGUGUUGAGUAAGGAAAAGGCUGAGGUGGAGGCUGAGAAGGGAGCCUGCCAGGCCCAGGUCUCUGAGCUGAUGCGGACCAAAGAACUCCUCUCCAACCAAAUCCAGACCUUGGAAGCCCGCAUCACCGCCCUCAACCACAUCAUCAGCGAUGCAAGGACUCAUGAAAAUAAACUCAGAGAGAAGAUGGAACAGCUGAAGGAGGAAAACCAACAACUGGAGGAGGAACUGGCUGAGGUCAGACAGCAAGAAGAUGACCUGUGUGGAGCAAAUCGUGCUAUCACCAGACAUCUGGAGGACACCCAGUUUGAGCUGACCAAACUGAAUCAUGAACACAGAGAACUGAAGGAGAGAUUAAAAGAGGAGAGCAGACAGAUAGAGGAGUUGAAGAGGAGGAAGGCUGAGCUGGAAAAUGAGAGGAGACUGCAGGACAGAGUAAUGGAGCAACUGCAAGAGGAGAUGACUGAGGUGGUGGUGGAGUCUGAGAGGGCCACUCAGAGGCUCCAGGUGCAGAUUGAUGAGGUCAGAGAUCAGAGUGUGAGGGAGCUGGCUGAACUCCGAAAGCAACUGCAGGAGAAGACAGAGGAACUGGAGAGACACAGACAUGCUAGUGAGGCAGUACAGAAAGAGCUGUCCUCUCUGGAUGAAGAGCUGAGUCGCACUAAGCGAGAGUUAGGGGAAGCCCAGCUGAAAUGUAAACAGCUGGAGAAAAGGGUGGAGGAGCUACAGGAGAUGAACAGAGCUACACUAGAGGACAAAGAUAGACAAAUCAAACUCAUGGAGAUGAGAGUGGGUCAGCUGGAGCAGGACUUAGCAGAGGAACACAAUAGUGGAGAUCUGCUGAUUCAGAGAAUGGAGAGAGGAAAAGAACAGGUGGAGCAGGUCAGAGUUGAGUUACUGCAGGAAAGAGCUGCCAGACAGGACCUGGAGUGUGAGAGGAUCACACUGGAGAGACAGAACAAAGACUUGAAGAGCCGUGUGGCUCACCUGGAGGGCUCUCAGAAGUCUAGCCAGGAUGGGCUGGUCUCCAAACUGGAGGGUAGAAUCCAAGAGCUGGAGGAGAGAUUGCUUGGGGAGGAGAGAGACAACAACAACCUGCAGCAGGCCAAUCGCAAGCUGGAAAGGAAAGUGAAGGAGUUGAUGUUGCAAGUCGACGAAGAGCAGCUCUCUCUACAGAACCAGAGAGAUCAGUUGACUCUGCGUCUGAAGGCUCUGAAGCGUCAGCUAGACGAGGCUGAGGAGGAGAUUGAGCGUCUGGAACACAGUAAGAAGAAGUUGCAGCGAGAGCUGGAUGAACAGCAGGAGAGCAAUGAUCAGCUUCAGAGCCAGCUCUCUGCCCUGCGCACUGACAUGAGGCGUAAGAAGAAACCGCCUUCUCUUCUGAGAAGUGAAGAUGAUGAAGAAGAGGGUGAUAUCAGUUCAAGCUGAAAUAUCUUGUUUGAAUGCUUGCCACUUCAGACGGCA